AGAGAGAGGGUACUAAGUACUGGGGCGGAGGGAGGGAGAGAGCGAGCGAGAGCUAGCUUGGUUUACAACUACUAAGGGGGCAAGCGAACCCUAGGAGAGAGAAAGGUUGCUUUGUUUUGAAGCCUUUUUUGCAUUGCAUUUAGCGAUCUGGAAUCUUCAAUCUGCAAAAGGUAUUAUUUCUAAUUCUAUGGCUAAUUCAAAGGCUUCGUCAGGCAUGAGAAAUUUCAUGUAUUCUGGAAAGCAUGCUCUCCUCCCUCCUAAAAGUCCAUUUCCCAGUAUUUCUGGAGCAUAUGCCGAUCAUGUCCCAAAUACUGCGAUUGGUUCCAAGGUUGUUCAGAAACCUAGAGAGGGAAACGCACACCAUCAACGGACUUCAUCUGAGAGCCUUGUCAUAGAGGAACAACCUUCUUGGCUUGAUGAUCUUCUUAAUGAGCCAGAUACACCAAUCCGUAAGGGUGGUCAUCGGCGUUCAUCAAGUGAUUCUUUUGCUUACCUAGACACGGCUAAUGUUUCUUCUAACAUUAGCUAUACAGAUCAGGAUGAGUGGAAUUAUAAGAAUUUAAAAUCUAUUCCAUCUCGGGCAUCCCAGGACUUUGAUUAUGGUAAAGAUACUGGUCAUUUACCAAUGUAUGCAGAAAUCAAGUCAACCAAAAAGAACAAUAGAGCAUGGGACUCUUUUUUAAAUGCUGUAUCGCAUCCAAGUGGUGUUCCCUCUGGGAGGGACAAUGGUGCCUUUCAGAGUUCAGGAUCACCUAGUACACCAUGUGAAGCAGCAGAUGGGGCUCCAUCAAAUGCAAAUGAAAAACUGGAUUCAGCAGAAUCUAGCUCGCAUGAUACAAAAGUAACUUUUGAAAAAAAGGAUGGUCCGCAUGCGAAGGCACAUGCUUCUGAAACCGAUACAAAACGAGCUAAACAGCAAUUUGCUCAACGUUCACGGGUCCGUAAACUACAAUACAUAGCUGAGCUGGAAAGAAAUGUACAAGCUUUACAGGCAGAAGGGUCUGAAGUAUCAGCUGAGGUUGAAUUUCUUAAUCAACAGCGUCUUAUCCUGAGCAUGGAAAACAAAGCCCUUAAGCAACGUCUAGAAAGUUUAGCACAGGAGCAUCUCAUCAAACGCUUGGAACAGGAAGUACUAGAAAGAGAGAUUGCAAGAUUACGUGCUUUAUAUCAGCAGCAGCCGCAACAAACACCGCAACAGCAACCAUCUGGUAGCCUCCGACGCACUAAAAGCAAAGACCUUGAUUCCCAAUUUUCAAAGCUUUCCUUAAAACAUAAAGACAACAACUCAGGGCGUGACCCCAUGACAGGUCCAGUCCGUAGUUAAAUCUGCACUCUAGCUAUUGCAGUGUUCUGCCUCUACAUUCAACAGAUGUUGCUACGGCUGCAAAUCAAAACAGUUGAAUAUUUCCACUGUGCGGGAUUCUGCAGAGAUUUCCAGUGUAGGCAUCCUCUCUCUGCCCGCUUUGCUUAUUUCAGGCAUUUCCUGGUCUUUCCCGUUAGCUUGUUUAAAUUAAUAUGAAUUUUAAUGGGCACCUGGCGGUCACAGCCGAAAUCUCAUCAUGUUUUGAUCUGGGUUUUCCUAUCAGAUGACUUGCCGGAGGUGGUAAUUCAACAUCCCCAGUGUAUGUUUAUUCAUGAAGUGUAUCCUCCAUUUCUGUUGUGAUUUAUUCAUGCUUGUGGAAAACUCGGCCUAAUGUAAGCAGCGAAGUAUCUUUAGGGUUGUAUGGAAUAUGGAUGUGCAUUGUCUGUAUGGAUUAUAUUAAGCUAGUGUUUGUUAAAAUGAUUUGAGGAAGUUCAUGUUUUCUCGGAA